GAAAACUUUAUGAAGUGUCGGCAAGCCUUAGAGCUCCAUGCAUAAAUUGACCAAAGCUAGCAGCUUCAUCUUAUCCCUUGGUCUUCUUUCUACAAGCGCAUGGCUUCCAACAUGGGAGCUCCUCCGCUUUCAAGCAGCCUAUUGUUAGGUCUCUGCACGGUCCUGCUGGCAUUCAAUUUCUCCGGUGCUGCCCCGCAGACCAAAAGAAUCGUUGCCGUGGUCGGCAGCAGUGAAUGCUUAGAUUGUGCCCGGGAAAGUAUCAAGGAUGAGGAAGCAUUCAAAGGGCUUCAUGUAGCCAUCCAAUGCAAGACUGGCAAUGGGUCCUACGAGGCCAAAGGUGUAGGUUUGCUCGACAAGAGUGGAAGCUUCGAGGUACGACUACCGAGUAAUGUCCUCCGCGAUGAUGGGGAGCUGAAGGAUGAGUGCUUUGCGCAGCUCCGCAGUGCCUCAGAAGCUCCUUGCCCUGACAAUAAUGGACUGGACCAAUCUAAGGUCGUGCUGAAGUCUAAAGAGCGUGGGAAACACACAUUUGUUGUGGCAGCGGGGAACCUGACAUUCUCAUCGACAUGCGCGUCGGCGUUCCAUUUCAAGCCCCUUCCCAAGUCGCUUCCGUUCCAAACGUACUUCCCAGUGCACGAGUUCAAGGACAAAUUCGACUUGAAACAAGACUACUUCCCACCAAAGAAGUCACUUCCUCCUCCAGGACCAGUCUACAAACCGCCACUACCACCAGUGCACAAGCCACCAACUGUCAAGAAGCCACGCCCCCCGCCAUGUCCCCCGCCGUGCCCGCCAUGCCCCCCGCCAUGUCCCCCGCCGUGCCCGCCAUGCCCCCCGGGUCCCAAGAAGCCAGGCCAGCCGGGUCCCAUGAAGCCAGGCCCGCCGUGCCCGCCGGUUCAUAAGAAGCAAUGCCCGCCAUGUAAGAAGCCACGCCCGCCAUGCCCGCCGGUUCAUAAGAAGCAAUGCCCACCAUGUAAGAAGCCAGGCAUGUCAUGCCCGUCGGUUCAUAAGAAGCCAUGCCCACCAUGUAAGAAGCCACGACCGCCAUGCCCGCCGGCUCCUAAGAAGCCAUGUCCGCCAUGCCCGCAGGUUUCCAAGAAGCCACCCCCGCCAUGCCCGCCACCAUGCCCGCCAUGCCCCCCGCCAUGCCCGCCGCCAUGCCCGCCAUGCCCCCCGGGUCCCAAGUAGCUACGUCCUCCAAUUCCAAAGCUACCUCCCUUACCAUCCUCACCCCAAGUUCAAGUUCCCUCCUAUCCACAAGAACCACUUCCUCCAAUCCCCAAGCCGCCUCCGAUCCCUUAUACCAUCCUCACCCCAAGUUCCCUCCUAGUCCAAGAAGUCGCUUCCUCCAAUUCAAAAGCUCCGUUCCCUCCCAAGCCAAAAUUCUGCUUCUUUAUCCUAUAUGGUUGGUUAGUUACCCUUCCUCUGUUGAGGAUUUCCUUUAUCAGUUAGUGUUGUAAUAAAGCUUGCCCUUGUGACUGUGUCGAGUCUUGGGCGAGGGUGACUGUCACCCAGUUGUAUUGUAUGAAUAUUUGUGAUUUCUGGUAUUUAUGUGAGCUUGUGUGGUUAGUAAUGGCAAUAAUUCAUGGACUUCUUGUUUUGUGC